AUGGACAAAUUUCUGGUGAAAGGGCCUCUCCGGGCGGAGGAAGGUCAGACAGACAAAGACGCCGCCUCGUUGGGAAGAGAGGAGGGGAGCUCAAGGAAAAGGCCGAGGAGAGACCCUGGGGAGGGCGGCGUGGCUGACCCCCAGUGGCAGCACAUUCGGGCCGAGGGCCUGAACUGCGACUACACGGUCCUGUUUGACAGAGCUGAGGCAGACGAGAUUUUGCGAGAGUUGGAGAGAGAAGUAGAAUAUUUCACAGGGGCGCUGGCCAAGGUGCAGGUAUUUGGGAAGUGGCAUGAUGUCCCCCGGAAGCAGGCAACUUACGGCGAUGCUGGGGUGACUUACUCGUUUUCGGGCCUCACUCUGUCUCCAAAGCCCUGGAUCCCAGUCCUGGAGCGCAUCCGGGAUCGUGUUUCCCUGGUGACCGGACAGAUAUUCAACUUUGUUCUUAUCAACAGGUACAAAGACGGCCAUGACCACAUCGGCGAGCACCGUGACGACGAGCGGGAGCUGGCUCCCGGGAGCCCUAUCGCCUCAGUGUCCUUCGGGGCCUGCAGGGACUUCUUCUUCCGUCACAAGGACUCUCGGGGGAAGCACCCCUCCCUGCGGGUGCAGCCGGUCAGGCUCCAGCUGGCCCACGGGAGUCUGCUGCUGAUGAACCCGCCGACCAACUCCCACUGGUAUCACAGCCUCCCUGUCCGCAAGAAGAUUCUGGCUCCCAGGGUCAAUCUGACCUUCCGCAAGAUUCUGCCCACUGACAAAUAA